CAAACUCUCUCUCAUCUCAGAUUUUCUCUCUCUAGAACUCCCAAACUGCCAUUGCCGUUCUUUCAAGCUAUCUGCAGUGGUCUGUUCAUCACCUUUGGCGAGCUUUCCAUCAUUUGAUUUCGGUCAUCUACAUCGUCUAACUCCGGCUAACUUCAUACUGGCAUUCGUUUCUUCAGUUCUACACUGUAAGUCCUCGAUUUCCUCUUUUUCAUUUUCAAUUUCUUACUAUUCUUGAAUGCACUUUUCUCCUGUAUUGUUACACAUUGCACACUGCAUCUGCAUUCAAGUUUUUGUCAUGUUAUAUGUGUAUGCAUCGAUUCAUUCAAUGUUCCUUACGUUUUUGGUUUUUUGUUCUGUUUUUGUUCGAAUUUUCUUCAUGCCUUAUUUACACCUUCGCACACUAGCUCACUCUCUUUCCUUGCAUUCUGAAUCUAUCAAUGCUCUGAGUUUGCCCCUAUGUUCUUGAAUCAUCGUUUCACACCACUGCACUUGUCACAUUGUUGCUUUUCUCUGUCUUUUUCUUAAUUCUAAAUCAUGUUUAUUUUCUAUUUUUCUUGCUUGUUUCCAGAUUCUUGCCCUUGAUUCUUGUUCUUGUAGUUCUAGGCUUGGGAUUUGUCUUAGAACAUUGUGUACUUAGGUAAACCGAAACCAAGUCUUCCAUAGGUCUCUGAAAUCCUCUCCCUGGUGCCAUUAGGUUCUAGCCGAGGUUCUCAGACUCAAACCAAUCACCUUUCCCAGAAAUUUGUUAUCAACCAACCCAAGCUAAGGUCAUGGGCAUGUUCAAAUAGAGAGUCAAUUCACCCAGCAAACUAGAAUAUUUCCGUCAGGAGUUCUCUAUCCCAGCUGAAGUUCAACUCAGGUUGGCUGGGAAGAAGGACUUUAUUAUGCCUGGAGAGGACUACAUGCCAUUCCUAGUAGUUUCCAUUAUUGAGGGUGGAGUUAGUUUCCCCUUAGACAUCAUCUUCAGAGAAGUCAUCCAUUUCUAUAAACUCAAUCCCAUGCAACUAACCGUAAACACCUUCAAGGUCAUCAAUGGUAUAGCUGAAUUGGUACGUCGGCAAAAAGCUAGGAUCACUUUGUCCGACAUCCAAUACUGCUAUACUAUGUGUGGCCUUAAAUCCACUAGCGACUAUACAUACUACCUCAAACCCAGAUCCACCAAGUACAAGCUCAUAACUAACCUUCGCGACUCUAAUAAAGGCGCUGGAGAUGAUUAUUUAAUUGUCUCAGGAAACUGGAAAUUCACGUCAGACAACGAUCUUUAUCUCUUCCCACUGCGUCGAGGAGUCUUUAGUGAAGAUGAGGGUAAGGACCUAGUCACCCAAAGUGCCAUAUCUUUUCAACACUUAGCAUUUAUUUCUCUUAUCUAUACUAAUGUUUUCUUAUUGUUUCUGUAGCUCUUGCUCAUCCAUUAAAAAACUUCUACCAAACGUACAUCCCAAGCUGAGAUCUUAUCCGGCUUCUCGGCCUACCCGUCGAGGUCCGCAAGGUCCCAAUCCUAUUAACUUACAUGCCAACCUACUAUUUUUUGCUUCCCAACGUGCCGAGGAGGGCCAAGACUCCACCAUCUGUGUCAACUCCACCUGCCACUUCUUCCUCGAUACCAGACCAAGCCUUAACGUCUGAUCCUGUGAACCAGCCAUCCACCUCUAUUCCAACACAACUCAUUCCACCAUCACAGUGCUAAUGCUAUCACCGACCUUUGAAUGCUCCGGCCGACAGAACCCGAAAUCGCAAGCGCCGAGGUUCAAACACGCCAACGUACGAUCUUGAGAAUCCUGCUAUUGCCCUUCCUGCCAUUAGGUUUGGCACUGAAGUCAUUGUCGCCGCCACAUCCGAAGAAAUAGGCCGCAAACAAGUCGUGGUCAAAGAUUUGCUGGCCGACAUACCAGCCGUUGUCACUGUUCAGUCAUCUCCUUCUCAGUCCCAGCCCAAACAAAAGCCAAAACGAGCGAAGAAGACUAAGGCAAAGGCCAAAGUCACCACCAUUGCUUCAAACUCAGAGGAUACAUUGCUAAUCUCAAAAUUAGUUGAGGCUGAGAAGAGGCCGGCCUAGGCCGAGUCAUCUGAAGCGUCAUCGCCAAAAAAGUCGAGGUUAUAGGGCCUAGAGGAUGGGACCCGUUUUCACCCCAGCCGUACUUGGGCGCCCUAGGUCCUUAUUGGUAACAGGCCCCUCAAAGCCAGCGACAAUGCUGUGGAAAGUCUCGAAGUCGAUGUCGCGUUAUCCACGACUGUUCUUCUUUCGGCUGAUAUGAACCAACUCAUCGAGUUUAACCAGUAUGAGAACUUCGCGAUGAUGAUGCACCACUCAGUCUUGUACGCUUAUUCCCAUACGGUCAAGGCCAAGUUGGUGAAGAAGGAUCUCGUCAAAAAGACUCAGGAAGCAGCGAGUUUUCUUUCUUCGCUCAACAAGGCCGAGGACCAGAUUAAGAACUUGAUGGACAAGGCCAGUGCAGCCAAGGCCGCUCAAAAUAGGCCCGAGGCUAAAGCCAAAGCUGUGGAUGUUGCUGCCGAGGCUGUCGAGGCCAAUGCCAAGGCUACCAAUGUUAGGGCAGUCAAUGCCGGGACUAGUACAAAUAGCAAGUAAAUCUGCCCUGCAACAAAGGCUACUAUCUUGGUUGGAUGGCGAUACUCAAAGUGCUAUCUGUCCCCGAGGAUUCACCACUCCGCGACAUCAACCAACUCAAGGUGUCCUUUCCUCCAUCUCCUACCAAGUCCGAAGAAGAAGUGGAAGAUGAAGAGGCCGGCGCCGAAGAUGCCGAAGAAGGUACUAGCAAAAAGGUUGUUGUUGGGUCCAAGUCCCAAACUCUAAAUGAUCAGAUCCUAGAUUUGACUGAGAUGGACAGGGACGAGGUCUCCAAGAGCACCUUGCUGAAGAAAACCAUAACGUCUGAGUCCGAGGUCCUUGCUGUUGAGAGGAGUCUCGACCAAACACUACAAUAGAUUGAUGCCGAGGUCGCUGCUAAAGCCGAGGCCAAGAUAGGCAAGAACAAUGAGCCUCAGCCUAGUACUUAGGAUUUUUUUUCUUUCUUUUGAAUUUUUACUUUUGUCUUUUUGAACAAUAUAUGUUUGGUCGAGCCGAUGGGCCUCUUGUGUACUUGAACAACUUUUCUUUAAUGCAAGUAGUCUUUUUUCUUGUAAGUCUUGCAUGCUUGCCUCUUUAAGCCUUGUGUAUCUUUUCUGUCUUGUUUGUUUCCAUACUUACAUUCUUUGAAAUACUUCUAAGUGCAACUUACUUGAAUAAUCACCUUGUAUUAGCAUACCCCAGAUAUAAAUCAUCUCGGAUUGACAUAUCUCGGAUAACAACUCGUGUCAAUUUAUGUCGACCAACUUUUACUUAGAGAAUUUUUUUCAAAAAACUUUUUGCAAGUGUUGUUACUUGUACUUACUAUCUUCUGGCAAGACUUCACCCUUCCAAGUCUAACAACCUGGUCAGUUAUCACGAGUAUCCC